AUGCCAAAGUCUUCAGUAAUGCCCUCCCGCGAGGACAACACCGCGCGCUCAUCCUCUGACUACGACGAGAAAUUCGGCCUGCUCGACGGCGUCACAUCCAGCCAUCUAGCCGGCGCGUCACCACGCAUUCGCUGGGCUCUGAUAUUUCUGGCGCUCUCCAACAUCGCCACUUUGUGUGCGCUGUUCUAUGCCGUGCUGACACCACAGCCCGUGCCGACCACGGUGGUGUAUCCGUCACAGCCGGAUUGGUUCCCUCCGCAAAUUCCCGUGAAGAAAAUCUUCAGGAGCGAGCCGGUGUUCGGGCAGGAGCCGAAUAAUGAGAGCAUCGCUGCGUGGAACUCACUUUUGCCAAAGGGCCGCGGCUGGGUGCACAUGCGCAACAAGACAGCCCUCCCCGACAUGCCGGGCCUGAACCAGUCGCUGCCCGAGCACAUCGCGCUGCCGUCGGUAUAUCAUCAGUUGCACUGCCUCUACAGCACAAUGCGCAGCUACUACGACGUCCUUGACCGCAUCAACAACCCGCACCAGAGCCGCGAGCUCCCCACCGAUCCGGGUUGGAACAAGGAGCACCUGAACCACUGCUGGGACUACCUGCGGCAGAACAUCAUGUGCGCGGCGGAUGUGACGCUGGAGUGGCAUCGGUGGAACGAAAAGGUCGAGACGGGCUGGGGGUAUGAGCACCAGUGCAAGGACUGGGAUGCGCUGACGGAUUGGGUGCUAGAGAGGCGGACGUCAAACAACUGGGGCUUGCUGAGAGGGGAAGGGGAGAGAAUUCCGCUGGAGGAUAGGUAG